AUGAAUAGAAAAUACUUGGAUCGUCGAUCAUAUUCAUGGUCCGGACAAGCAAGACCAUACAUAUGCGAUUUCUGCGAGAGAGGUUUCUCCAACGCACAAGCUUUAGGAGGGCACAUGAACAUCCACAGGAAAGACAGAGCAAAGCUUCGACAAGAAAGCCUAAAAGAGGGAGAUAGUGAAGAUUCCAUGUCCACCAUAUCGAGAAAUCCGUUCGAGAAAGAUCUUAUUGAAUUACCUUUCUUCGUUGAUACGGUCGGUCCAACAACAAAGGAAAAAGGUAGUAAAAGUGGAAACUAUUUGGGAGAUGAUGAAGAAGAGAAGAAAAAGAGGAUACUUCAAAACGCUUUAUCCCAACAAAGUGCAGAAGUGUUAGAUCUCGAGCUUCGUCUAGGAUUAGAUCCUUAUAAGAAAUCACCAAGUACGUAA